UAGAUACAAGAUGGCUGACGCACCAGACGUAUCGGCUGAUUUAGAGGCGAUCAAAAAGAAGUUUUCCGGCAAAUGGAAGCUUAGAAACAGUGAGGGACUGGACGAAUAUCUCAAAUUUAUAGGUUUAAACUUCGUGUUCAGAAAGGUUGCCACAGCAGCUAGUUGUACCGUGGACAUUUCUGUAGAGGAAGACAAAAUCCGCUUAAUCACCCAUGGACCCAAGACCUCUAACGACGUCUUCAAUCUCAACACGGAAUUGGAGGACACGGAUCCUGUAGGCAAUGAAAUGACGGCUGUAGUGACUUUUGAGGGUGGUAACUUAGUAACCAACUCCAAACCGAGAAAUAAAUCCAAGGCGAAGGAGACAAAAGUCACUAGGGAAAUCAUCAAAGGGGAUGAUGGGAAGGAUGAGAUGAUUAUGACAGUGAAUGCUGGGACAUUGGUGAUGAAGAGGUUCUUUGUUAAACAACCAUGAUUAAUGAUAUACAGAUGUGAAUAUCCCCUUUUGUAUGGGUAUUAGCAGCAAAAAUGUCAGGAAUAAAGGAUAUCGAACCUGUUAAAAUUCUGAAUGUCGGAUCUAAAUUAUAGCAUUAAAACAACACAUACUGACUAGUUUGAUUAAGGUGGUUUAUGUAGAUAGAUGCUGAGUACGUGUUGAGAUGGGUAUUUCUUUGGCACAUAAAGGGCUGCAACAAUUAAAACUAUACAUAUGCCUGAAUCCCAUUCUGUGGUGCUCUGAUAUAUUUCCACGCCGCUGAACCUUCAUUCAGUGUACAUGGCAACCCGACAAUGGUUGUCGUUAUCAUUGUUAUACACUUUAGUGUACCUGGUAACCAUGGUUGUCUUUGUUAAUGUUAUUCUCCUGCGUGUACCUGGUAACCCGACAAUGGUUGUCUUAAACAUUGUUAAACACCUAAGUGUACCUAGUAACCAUGGUUGUCUUUAUCAUUGUUAAACACCUUUCUGUACCUGGUAAACAUGGUUGUCUUUAUCAAUGUUAUUCUCCUGAGUGUAUCUCGUAAACAUGGUUGUUUUAAUCAUUGUUAUACACGUGAGUUUACCGGGUAACCAUGGUUGUCUUCAUCAUUGUUAUACACGUGAGUUUACCUGGUAACCAUGGUUGUCUUUAUCAUUGUUAUACACGUGAGUUUACCUGGUAACCAUGGUUGUUUUAAUCAUUGUUAUACACGUGGGUGUACCUGGUAACCAUGGUUGUCUUAUCAUUGUUAAACACCUGAGUGUACAUGCAAACCAUGGUUGUCUUUAUCGUUGUUAUGCACCUAAAUGUACAUAGUAACCAUGGUUGUCUUUAUCAUUGUUAAACACCUUUGUGUACCUGGUAAACAUGGUUGUCUUUAUCAAUGUUAUUCUCCCGAGUGUAUCUCGUAAACAUGGUUGUUUUAAUCAUUGUUAUUUACGUGAGUUUACCUGGUAACCAUGGUUGUUUUUAUCAUUGUUAUACACGUGAGUUUACCUGGUAACCAUGGUCGUCUUUAUCAUUGUUAUGCACGUGAGUUUACCUGGUAACCAUGGUUGUUUUAAUCAUUGUUAUACACGUGAGUUUACCUGGUAACCAUGGUUGUCUUUAUCAUUGUUAAACACCUGAGUGUACCUGGUAACCAUGGUUGUCUUUAUCAUUGUUAUACACAUGAGAAUUAUCAAGGAAACGCGAUGUGACCUCCGGUGUACUGGAAGUACUAUUGCAAGUUCGAAUUCGACCUCCUCGCCGAAAGGAUUCGCUUUGCAAAAAUACAUGGCAUCACAGUGCAUCAUCUGUCUGAGAGAAACGGCACAAAGUCGGGUCAUCAAAUUCUAGUGAUGUGGGGAAAUUUCCACAAUGAACACAAAGAUCAUAGCAUAAUGAGAGUGCAGUACGGUUAUUGAAUUGUGUCAGUAUAUAUAAAAAAUCUUUCCACUCAACCGAAUUUCUUUUUCCUAUCACUAUUCACUAUUCUUUGUAUGGAGGAAGGUAAUUGACAUUUGAAUAUGAAUCAUAUUAAUUUCAUGUUUUGCGGAUUUUGUCUUUGAUGUGUUUCUCAUUUUAUGAGUUGUUUUUUGACAAUUAACAUUUUCUCUCUUUUAUAUGUUUAUCUACAUAUUUAACACAGAUCUUCUAUUGUUAUAUUUUUAUACUUAACAUUCCAAUUGUUUAUCUCUGAAUAAUUCAAAUUAUUCUGAAGCGUCUGGCUUUCUAUUUCUGGGACACGGGUAAGUUUGGAAAGGGAGGAAUUAUAUCAGUUUAAAAAUCAGUGGACAAAACUAUGAAUAUAAUAUACUUUUUGUUUAUUUGGAAGGUUUUUCGUUUUCGUUUCAUCACCAUUUGCCCUAUUUUAAAGAUUUUGUAUGAAUACUCACGUUGAUUCUGCAAGUUGACUUGUAAAGUGGUUUUGUUUAUAAAAAAAAUUGAGUUUUACUUGUGGUAUUGCCGACUGUUGACGGGGCCAUGCUCUCCUAUAGUUAAUGAGGGGAGCUUAGAAUAAGUACGGCAGACAGCUUAUCCGAGUCAUACCAGUACUGGAUGAGGGGGUGCACACUUAGUCAUAUUCUACACUUUUAUUUUGCAUAAUAUAGUGUCAACAGGGUUCAUAGAUAAGUUAUCGUGUUAAUUCUAUGAUGUGUCAUCAUUUCCUUAUACGACGAUUUUAUUUAAAAUAAUUGGGUAUAUUACUAAAAGGCUUAAAUCUUUGUAAGCUUUACAUAUAUUAUAGUAGUUAGUUUUAAUCUUACAUUAUUUGAUUCCUCUUUUAUUCACAAAUAAAACCUAUUUUCUGAAAUUC